AUGGCUAGCUUCCAUGUCGCGGACGCGUCGGAGUACCUAGCCAUCACCGGCUGGGGCAUCGACGGCGUCAAGCUCGCCAAGAAGGCGUGGGUUUUCGUGGGGCAGCAGUGCAAGAAGUUCAACAUCUCGCCCGUGAACUACGAGUUCGAGGUGCACGCCAUGAGCGCCGAGAAGCUGCCCUUCAUACUCUCCGCCGUCUGCGCCAUCGGCCCCAAGAUCACGGCCACCGGGGCCAAGGAGUCGGACGGGAAGGACCUCGAGACGCAGCUCCUCCUCUACGCCAAGCUCACCGCGCCGCUGGACAGAUCGAGGAAGAUCCACGUCCAGGAGCUCGUCAAAGGGAUCGUCGAGGGCGAGACCCGCGUGCUCGCCGCGGAGCUCACCAUGGAGGAGAUCGUCAAGGGGAGCAAGGCGUUCAAGGAGAAGGUGUUCAGCAGGGUGCAGCUUGAGCUCAACCAGCUCGGCCUGGUCAUCGACAACGCCGACGUGAAGCAGCUGGUGGAGGUGCCGCGGCACGAGUUCUUCUCCUACCUUGGCCAGAAGACGCAGCAGGACGCGGCAAACCAGGCCAUGGUGGACGUGGCGGAGGCCCGGAUGAUGGGAGAGGUGGGAGCCAAGGAGAGCGAGGGGCUGACGCCGCAGAACAUGGCAAAGGUGGACGCCGAGACCAAUGUGUUGUCCCUGCUGCAGCACGACCAAGGGCUAAGGGAGGAGGCCAAGGUGAUGGCUGAGGUACAUGUGCUCGAGAACGGAAGGGCGGCGGAAUCGCCACGCGGCCAAGGCCGAGUGGGACAAGCAGGCCAAGGUGCCCGAGGACCCGAGGUCGAGGCGGCCAAGGCCGUCGACAUCCGCCAUGCAGAGCUCUAG